UUAUCGUCUGGACCGUUACUUCCGGGUGACUGCAAUGAAUAAAUCCUUUAUCGCAUUUGGAGCUUUUUGCAUUUUCUAAGCAAAGCUAAGGGCUACGUGCCGCUGACACGUUUAGAACAUGAACAGGAUAUUCGGACGCGGUAAACCCAAAGCGCCUCCUCCGAACCUGUCGGACUGUAUCGGCACCGUGGACGCCAGGGCAGAGUCCAUAGAAAAGAAAAUUGGCAAGCUAGAUGCUGAACUUCUGAAGUACAAGGAUCAGCUGAAAAAGAUGCGAGAUGGACCCUCGAAGAACAUGGUGAAACAGAAGGCAAUGAGAGUUCUGAAGCAGAAGAGAAUGUAUGAAGGUCAGAGGGAGCAGCUGGCGCAGCAGUCUUUUAACAUGGAACAGGCAAACUACACUAUCCAGUCACUAAAAGACACCAAAACAACGGUGGAGGCCAUGAAGAUUGGAGCAAAGGAAAUGAAAAAGGCUUACAAAGACGUCAAACUGGAUCAGAUCGAUGAUUUACAGGACCAGCUGGAGGACAUGAUGGAGGACGCCAAUGAGGUGCAGGAGUCCCUGAGCCGCAGCUAUGGCACCCCAGAUAUAGAUGAGGAUGAGCUUGAAGCAGAGCUGGAUGCGCUGGGUGAUGAGCUGCUGUUGGAUGACGAUAGCUCCUACCUGGACGAAGCCUCAGCUGCACCUUCGAUUCCAGAGGGAAACCCCAGCGACAGCAAAACAAACAAGGACGGUGUUUUGGUGGAUGAGUUUGGCCUCCCACAGAUUCCUGCCACAUAAACCACGAAUGGACUAAGACGACUGCACUUCAACUGGAACACUUUUAUAUGUAGAGUAACAUUUAUACAUGCAAAAUCCAUUUGACCUGAGAACACUACACAUUUGAAGCUGUAUUGGGUUGUGUGCUGUUACUACUACCAUGCUAGCAUGUGGCCUUGUAACAUAGUGAAACUUUUUUAAACCCUUUCUCCCCGUGAUUCCCCCAUCAUUGUCCAAUUCACUGCAAAGUAUUAAUUUAUCCAUUAAUUUAUAGUAUUAAUUGUUUUAUUGACUUAUGUGUGUAGUAAUUACCUUUUUAUUGUCAUUCUUGGAUGGUGAGAGACAAAUGUCUGCAGGUUUUUUGAAACAUGCAAAAUAAAACACUGUAUGUAUUUAA